AUGUCGUCUUCUACUCCCUUUGACCCAUAUACUCUAUCCGAGCAGGAUGAAGAACGGCCACAGAAUGUUCAGUCCAAGUCUAAAACUGCUGAACUGCAAGCUGAAAUCGAUAAUACCGUGGGGAUAAUGAGAGAUAACAUAAAUAAAGUCGCAGAAAGAGGUGAAAGGUUGACGUCAAUUGAAGAUAAAGCCGAUAACUUGGCAGUCUCUGCGCAGGGUUUCAAGAGGGGUGCCAAUAAAGUGAGGAAAGCCAUGUGGUAUAAGGAUUUGAAGAUGAAACUGUGUUUAGCUCUUGUCAUUAUUAUCCUGCUCGUUGUGAUUAUUGUUCCCAUUGCCAUUCACUUCAGCCGGUAA